AUGAACGGGUGUGAGGCUGACCACAAAGAGCCACUUGGCAUGGUAGAGACAAGAACUCUAUCCACGGUUACGUCACUGGCUAUUGCGACCGAGAUGCUGAUAACCGCCGUAUCUAACCUUAAAACCGAACCGCCUUCGUUCUCAUCCGGAAUCAUCCGGUUACAGGUGCCAAUCAACCAGCAGAUUGGUGCAAUAGAUUGGCUUCAUGCACAGAAUGAUGUUCUUCCUCGCAGUUUCUUCUCCCCUCGUUGCAGCGACCCUAGCCGUGAAGAUCUUCUCCAUGACUUGGCGAGAGAGAAUGUGAAUGGAUCAUAUGAUCGUAGUCCUGUCAGUGUUGCUGGUAUAGGAUCUGCUGUUUUUUUCCGUGAUCUAAACCCUUUCUCUCAUGAUCACUGGAGAUCUAUCAGAAGGUUUCUUUGUUCGAGGUCACCUUUGAUUCGUGCGUAUGGUGGACUCCGGUUUGAUCCUAGAGGAAAGAUCUCUGUUGAAUGGGAACAAUUCGGCUCGUUUUACUUCACAGUGCCUCAGGUCGAGUUUGUUGAGUUUGGGGGAAACUCAAUGCUGGCUGCAACUGUUGCUUGGGAUGAAGAUAUCUCAUGGACGCUAGAAAAUGCUAUUGAAGCACUUCAGGAGACUAUGCUUCAGGUUUCUUCUGUAAUAAUGAGAUUAAGGAGAGAAUCUUUAGGAGUUUCUGUUGUUAGCAAGAACCAUGUUCCUAGUGAAGGAGCCUAUCACCCUGCUGUAACUAGUGCUCUUGAGACUAUAAAGGCCAAAAACUCACCCUUAAGCAAGGUACUAACUAAUCUUCCUUUUGUUAUACAUUUGUGGGUUUUAAUGAAACUGAUUGUUUUGGUUUUUGGGAAUCAGGUUGUGCUUGCACGCAGCACUAGAAUAAUUACGGAUACCGAUAUUGAUCCUAUUGCUUGGAUAGCACGGUUGCAGCGUGAAGGACAAGACGCGUACCAGUUCUGUCUUCAACCACCAGGUGCACCAGCAUUCAUAGGAAACACGCCUGAGAGACUCUUCUAUAGAAAACAUCUAGGUGUCUGCAGCGAGGCUUUGGCUGCAACCAGACCUAGAGGUGAUUCAAGGGCUUCUGAUAUGGAAAUAGAGCGUGACUUACUAACCAGUCCCAAAGAUGAUCUUGAGUUCUCCAUUGUACGAGAGAACAUAAGAGAAAAACUAAAAGCCAUAUGUGACAGAGUAAUUGUGAGGCCUCAAAAAACAGUGAGAAAACUUGCAAGAGUACAACACCUAUAUUCUCAAUUGGCAGGGCAGUUAAGAAGAGAAGAUGAUGAGUUUGACAUUUUAACUGCUUUGCAUCCAACGCCAGCUGUUUGCGGUUGUCCAGUAGAUGAAGCAAGGCUUUUGAUUAAGCAAAUUGAGUCAUUUGAUAGAGGAAUGUAUGCUGGACCAGUUGGAUAUUUUGGUGGUGGAGAAAGUGAAUUUUCUGUAGGCAUAAGAUCUGCUUUAGUCGAGAAGGGUCUUGGGGCAUUGAUCUAUGCAGGAACCGGAAUAGUUUCAGGAAGCGAUUCAUCCUCGGAGUGGAACGAGCUUGAGCUUAAGAUCUCUCAGUUCACUAAGUCACUUGAACAUGAGCCAGCUUUGCAACAGAUCAACUAAAGAAAGGCAAAAUGAGAUUGUUUUGUAAAUUAAGUUGCUCUAUUUAAAUUGCUCUGUAUCAUUCAUUGUGUGUUGGUGCCAUUGUUGUAAACUAGAAGUAAAUCUAAAGAUGCUGC